CGGUUGCUCAGUUUAGCGUGGUGAGGCCGUACGGACUACGGAGCCCGUUGUGGGAUCAUUGUCUGAGUGUUAAUAUCAAUUUUAAGUGCGAACAUCUGUGUUCAUAAAUUCUCGAGGCUACUUAAGAUUCGUGUGCAGUGUGCACACUGCACACAGACGGGCUGUAAUCACAUUUUACAAGGGAGGCGGCAGUCAAUCAUAAUGCCGGUUCCAAUCAGCAAAUACACCUACAUGCUAGGAGUGCAAACUUUGUUCAUACUUGCCGAUUUGAUAUUCAAUAUCGUUGCUGACACAGUGCGUAUGGAAAACGUCUUGAGACUCAUCUUAUUCAUCAUACAAGAUGUGGCGCUAGUGUUCUCGCUGAUCGUCGUUUUUCUCAACUUCGUCAGUACAUACGUUUUUCAGGCGGGCCUGGUGGGCGUGCUGCUGACCAGAUUCCGGGCCACGCUGGCGCUGAACGCCGCCUACCUGGCGCUGAGCGUGGGUCUGCACUCGUGGAGCCUGGACCGCCAGUGGGCCGACCCGUACCUGGUCGUCUGGACGCCCGGCCUGCUGGCCCUCUACUCAGUGCACAGGAUCGUAUCGGUCCUGCACUACUACUUUUACAAGAGGACAGCACUGGAGCUAUGCGAUCCUGAGCUGUACGAGGACUCGCCAUGGCUGCAAAAAUACCUACACGGCUCGUGAUCGUGGACGGCGCACCUAUUAGCCGCUAGCACCUAUGUCGGCCGCAUCAAAUGGCAGCUUCCGGUAUUAACAGUUACAAGAUGUCACGACCCAUAUGACAACGUUACGUUGUCGGACAACAAACAUUUGUGUACAAUAUUGUAUUUCGACUUUGGCUGUAUUUGUUUUCAAUUGAUGUUUCAUUAUGCAGCAAAGAUGUUGCGUGGAGUAGAUAAUGAGGACGUGCCGUUCAAAGCGAUUAAAAAUUUUAAUAUACUUUUUGCCAUCAA